CGGACACCCAUAGAGAAAGCUCGUCAUUUGGAUUCGAUUCCUUCGUAUCAGGUAUCCCAUUCACUACUCAGUUUAUCCAAUUGGUGUAUGUGCAUGUAUACGUUUAUCGGUGUCACUUUCUCACUGAAUGGAUGGAUGGGAGUGCGGUUGGAUAAGAAUCCAGCAGCAGCUUGA